UUGUGUUACGCGACGAAUAUUUUGUUAAAAUAUAUUAACAUUUGCUGGAUAAAAAGGUUAAAGAUUUUCGAUAUUUUAUUUCUUCGUUCUCCUCGAAAAGGAUAGAAAUCGAAACGGGUCAUUUACCAUUAGGAAUUCUUUCAUUUUUUUGUACGUUAUCUAUUACGAUAAUAAGUAAUAUAAUUUAUAAAUAAAUAAUUCCAACCUACGGUUAUAUAUCUGAGGACGGAAAUGCUCGUUAGAAUUACGAUUGUAUGAAAAAGAUACUUCAAUCUGGUUAGUGGGAGCACCAUCGUGAUUAAGUGAACAUCAUUUAUUUUUAUUCAAAUUAUAGUAUCAAACUGGAACAUCAAUUUAUGAAAAAUUAUACCUAUGAAAACGUGAAUCUUUAACGCACAAUAUCAAAUCCCAAACAUUUAUCUUCAAUGAUUUAUCUUACCUCGACGUCCUUCAUAUCUGGAACCUCUCCGCUUCUUUCUUUUUUUCCCACUUCCUUUAACAGCCAACGCUGUAUUUCGAGAUCGCGCUGCCACACGUAGAAUGUGUCUGGGCGAAAGUAAAUCACAGAAGAACGAUCCCAAUGAUCGUGACUUUCGUUCUCGGAAGGCUACGACCUUGGACAAGGCCGUUGCGACGAUUUCAUGGAGGAGCAGAGAAAAAGGACAGGAACAAAAGCGAACACUGUUCGAUGACUGCACCUUCAAGGCGAUUGGGUUAUGGAUCCCGGUUGAACGCGAUCAUGAAAAGGACAACUGGUUCUCGAUAUGUGACUGGAUCUCUAUUUGUGGAUCCAUUAUUAGUUUCUCUUUUACGAGAUUCCUCUUGGAAUUUAGGAAUUUAUUUCAUUCCAUCUAUUAUAUUUAUUACAUUCGAAUUUAUUAUAUCUAUCAACUUGAAAUUUACAGAUAUAUAAAAUUUUAUUUUAUUUUUUUAUUAUUUUUCUAUUCCUUUUGUCAAAUAUAUUUAGAUUGUUGGAACACACGCGAUGCCUGUAACGCUAUCUGAGGAUUCGAUUAAUAAAAUCUAUCAAGGGACGAUAAGAGAAGAAAAGAUCGCGAAUGAUAUGUGAAAUAUGAUGUUUCUUAUCGAUUGUUAAUUGUGAUAUGUAUUGUAAUUUUUAUAUGAUUAUAUUUUAUAUUGUAUUUCGUGAUAUGUAUUUGUGAUUAUUAAUUGUGUAUGUGUUUUGGCUAAAAAUCUGGAAUUUAAAAAGUCACUUUUUCAUACGUUUUAUUCUUGUUGAGAAUUUCUUUCAAUAUUACUUCCGAGAAUUACUAUGUUCCUUUCGUUUUCCUUCGUAGGAAUACGAGAUAUUCUUCUCUAGAAAGCUUCUUAAGAAACGUAGUGUUCUGAUAUUUAGCUUUCGAAAUCACGUUAAUUAAUACAUAGCUUUUACAUCUCGAAAGUACGAGCAGUUUGCUUACGAAUUUGCGAGGACAGUAAUUAGGAGAUAAACAAAGACGUAAAGCUGGUUGUAAAAUCAUACCGCCCACAUUUAACAGUCCAUGCAAGUUCGUAGAAUCCAUCUUAAUGAACUUUUAGCUUUAACCUAGCUUUCCGCUUCACUAAAGAUUUCUUCGAUUCCGAGAAGUUUGUUGCAGUGAACGAAACCCAUUUGGCAAACGCGGCGAAGGUAAGAGAUCGAAUUGAAUAUUACGACAGAAAGGAGGAAGUGGAGUUUUCACUUUUUAGUUGGGUAGUGACUGAUAACAAACGACGAGUUGGCACGUCUUUUCGAUAACGCUUGUGAAUAUUAAAAUUGUUUCUCAUACAAAUAGGACGCAAAUAGAAGAACGAAACUCGCCAGUAGAUAAAUGUACUUAAAUCGCAGAGUGAAUUUCAGUAAAUAAAAAUUGUAUUAUUAGAUUUCAAUGUCAAUAGAUUAUUUUAAUACUAUACUAUUAACUAUACUUUAUAUAGAUUAUAAUUAUAGUGUUGAUAGAUUUCAGGUAAACUGCAAAAAGUUUAAAAUAAUAAUUUUACAUAAAAACCAAUCUACUGAAAAUAUAUUAUUAUUGAGAAUUUGAAUUUUCAUUUCAAUUUACCAGUUACAUGUGCAAAACAACUAUAAAACAAUAGACACUUUUUACAAUAUUCAUCUUUUCGAAUAAAUAGAUUAGAGAAUUUCAAUAAAAUUUUUAACAGAUUACAUGCACAAAAACAAGUUUAGUCUUCGUGCAUUUUCUAUGUAUCUGCCCUCAAGAAAUUAAUCACAUCGACUUACGCCCAUACUCAGAUUAUAUAUUCGAUAUUUAUUUUUCAUACGCAUCAACAAUUUUAAGAAAAUUCGUAAUGUUCGAUUUAAAUGAAAACAAAAUUCUGUAAAUAUAUAUACAUAUAUUUGAUAUGAUUUGUUGAAUAUUAUCAGACGAGUUAAGUCGUCUUCGCCAAACAAGAUAGUUCGUAUAUAUUGUAGUAAUUUAAAAGAGUUAACAGAUUUGAACAGGAUAGAAAAUACGGCUAGAAGUUUCGAACACGCGAAGCAUAUAUAAUUUAGUAAUAGUAGUGUUAUCCAGAAGGUAUGAGGGUACCUCCAUUCGAUAAGAGGAAUCCUAUGUACGGGAAGCGUUAUAUAUUCAGACUGCCAGUUGCGGCAUCGCUUCACGCAGUUGCAUUUCGAUUAUUGCGCAUCGUGGAAACUCCUGUGAACCGUUGGAACGUGUUUUCCCUCGACGGAAGUUGGGAUUAUCGUGGAAAUCGAUUUUCGAAACGAUGUCGCCUGUUUUGCUCUUGAUCGUAGUGAUUGUUGGAACACAUGCGAUACCUGUAACGCUAUCUGAGGAUUCGAUUAAUAAAAUCGAUCAAGGGACGAUAAGAGAAGAAAAGAUCGCGAAUGAAGACUCAGGUGACCCGCCAGUUUUCGAACACAUCGUUGAAAAUUCUGACACCAACAGCACGUCAAAACCAAGCCUACUCGCCUGGUUCCUCACGCCAUUGACUCAGAAUCUGCAGAUCAACCCCCAAACUCUGCAGAACCGUGUCAGCCAGCUCAAGGAAGCGCUGAAGAAUCUUGGACUUGGAAAUCGUAACGACUCGAAAGGAAAGCAAUUGAAUAACGCAAACAAUUUGCUACAUGUCGCGAGUGUAAGCGAUUCUGGCUUUUACACGGAUAGAUUGGAACCAGCUGGAUUCUUCGGUGGAAAUGGCUGGCUAGCGAAUAAAGGUGGAAUCUUAGGUCGUCCUGGAGCGAUUCUCUCUACUGGUAGCAUUCUCACAGACUAUCCAUCCGCCUAUAGAAGAAAAUAGGCGAAUUUUCAGAAAGAUAUUCCUUCGAGUUUGAUGAGGGAUUAGUGGACCGUAGCGUAGAGGGAUCGUAGCAUGUCAGAGAGAGAGAGAAGAUCGCAACGUAUUUUAUUUUAUAUUUGAUCGAAGGAAAUUAACACAGAUGAGUUAUGUGCAAUGUCUUUAGUUUAACGUUAUUUCUCAUUUAUUUGGAAAUUAAAGAUAAGAUUUAUGUUGCCGUGUUAAUUGAAAUAGGCGUAUCUGUUCAGAAAGUGGUUUGGGGAAAAAUGACUUUUAAGUGUUUGACAAUCAGCCAUCGAUUUUACGUACGUCCGAAAUAUGAACCGUUAUAUCUUCAAUACAGAUACCGCUUUCUUAUUGAAUAUACACAUAGAUAAAUGAUUUUUGCGCUACCCGACAGCAAUGAUUCGAUUUAAGCGAAAAUUGCAGAUAAGCCCUUUCGACUUAACACGGCGGGAUGAUUAACCCAAUUUUUACAUUUUAUAUACUGUAAAUGUAAUAUUCUAAUUUUUAAAGUAAUAAUCACUCUACUACAAGAUUGUUGUAGUCUGAACAAUAGGUACUUUCAUCAAUUUUUAGUUAAAAUUAUCUUCUAUAUAAUCGUAUAAUUCUAGUGCGAAUUGAUAGUAAUUUUAUGUUGUUUUUUAUACUAGAGGAAGAUCUUAGAUCUGUGAGAUAGUAUGAACAUAUACAUAGUAUGAACGUAAUA